AUGCUGUACUACAAAGGCUCAGUCUGGGUAGAUGACUCCCAGUCCAACACCAACAAGCCUGACAUGAUCGCACCCGUGCCCUGGGACGGCUCAUAUCCCUGGCGAUCCACGGGGACAGGAGCGAAAUUUCCCAAUGGCGACCUGUUCAUGACUUGGAUCGACCCCAAGCCCAAGGACCUCGAGACAGCGGGAUCCGCAUUCCACAAGUACGACUACCACGUCCUCAAUUGCUUCGCCUACCACCGCGACUUUGUUGCGCAGCUACCGAGUGGCGAGUGGUGCCGCUCGGCCUACGUCUGCAACCAUGGCGAGAAUCCCACUGCGACUUCCAUCACCAUUGACGUGUCGAACAACAAUGACAAGGCCACUCUAGACAAUCAUGUCUCUGUGGACACCAUCUUUGAUACCAUCUCAUAUAAUGAGAAUGGAACCUGUGACAACACAUGGACGGAUGUUCCCAAUACCCAGUGCAAGAUGAAAACAAUCUGCGACGAAAACGUCAAAGGUGUAACAAAGGGCAUGGUGAAGGCCCUCAAAGAUCUGGCCAAGAAUGGAGACUCGGGAGUAUUCCAGCAGUCGACUGUCGCCGACUCGAGGUGGAACCCUUGCAAGAGUGGCCGUGAUACUUGUAUUGGAGGAUGGGACCACUUCGAGCGGGACAUUACCAAGGUGUCACAGACUCUCCAAGUCAAAGUGAAGGACCAGAACGGAAACUCGAAAGGUCACCUGGACUAUACGUUGGACUGCACGCACGCCAAGAGCUGCGAGGCUUGUAACAAGGCCAAGUUCUCUGGAGCCGUUGCGAGUGCCUUUGUUGGGGCCAUCUUUGGUCCCAUCUUUGGCCCUCUUCCUUCUCUUACUGCACAGGGAACUUGCUUGGCGAAUGGGUGUUGA